UUGGCCUGCGUACGACGCCCCCGCGCUUGUGGGCGUUCCUGAGUGGGGGAGUGGCUCGCCUGUGCGACUGACUGCUCCGGGCCAGACGCUGGCGCCAUGGAGGAGUACGCUCGCGAACCUUGCCCAUGGCGAAUUGUGGAUGAUUGCGGUGGAGCCUUCACUAUGGGUGUCAUUGGUGGUGGAGUCUUCCAGGCUAUCAAGGGCUUUCGCAAUGCCCCUGUUGGAAUUCGACAUCGCUUCAGAGGUAGUGCCAAUGCUGUGAGGAUUCGAGCACCCCAGAUUGGAGGUAGCUUUGCAGUGUGGGGAGGCCUGUUUUCCACCAUUGACUGUGGCCUUGUACGGCUGCGGGGCAAGGAAGACCCCUGGAACUCCAUCACCAGUGGAGCGUUGACUGGAGCAGUACUGGCUGCGCGCAGUGGUCCGCUGGCGAUGGUGGGCUCUGCGAUGAUGGGGGGCAUCCUGUUGGCCCUCAUCGAGGGUGUUGGCAUCCUCCUCACUCGCUAUACUGCCCAGCAGUUCCGCAAUGCACCCCCAUUCUUGGAGGACCCCAGCCAGCUAACCCCUAAAGAGGGAGCUCCGGCCCCAGGUUAUCCCAACUACCAGCAGUACCACUGAGGAAGCCGCUGCCUGCCCCUGCCACCGUGGGAGCUACUCCUCAGUUCCCUCCCGGAUGAUCUACCUCCAAGGGAGGACUGGCUCCUACAUAGCCCUGAGACCCUCCAGAGAGGGCCUCUCUAUUCGACUCCCUUGUUCUGUGGUAGGGGUGGGGAUACCCCGACAGCCUUGUCACCUGGGUCCCCUUUUUUUGUCUCUCAGGGCACCCCAGCCUCACACAUGUAACAGUUUCUCAUCCCAGAUCCUCCGUGUGGCACCCUGAUGAAUGUUUAAAGCCAGUUUUGAAAUGUC